AAACAGACCAGCACCGAGGGCCAUGAUGUCACCACGAGUCGCGUUGCAAAGGACCUUUGGCAACUGACAAGGGGGUUGCCGUUUCUGACAAAGAGGGUCUUGCUAAUAAUGCCGCUCCGCAAGCAGGAGACAAAGGGGUUGCGGCUGUGUCGAUGGGGAUCAGGGCAAUCAUGGCACGCAGGAAGCUGCUUCGAGCCCCUUCGACAUCAAAGGGGUCUUCUUGUGGCAGAUCUAUAUAACAGCUGCAAGAUGUUCUUCCCGGAGACCUUGUUCGUCAACACAUCCCAUCAUCGCCGAACACAAUCACCUCGAACGAUCUACCAAAAUAUGGGUCUCUUCAGCUCCCACAAACCCAAACCCGCCGCCCAUGGUGGUCUGAAACAAAAGCGCAACGCUCCCAACCUUGACCGUCAGCGCGCGCUGGCUCAAUCGGUCGGCAACCCCCGCGCCUUUUGGCAAGAAGCCGCUGGCGCUCGUUACGACGUCGACACGCUCGCCCUGAUCGCUCGACCAGUCCCUGCCCAUGCUGGAGUCAUGACGCUUGAAGCCCUUCACGGCGGCGAGUGGACCAAGGAGGAAUUGGCUUUUAGCAAGGCCAUCAAAUCUGCCAAGGAGAAUCUUGACUCUGGGAUCGGUAUGGCCAAAGAGUGCUGCGAUCACGAGGGCGGGAGGAGCAACCCCGGCAUGGACGAUGCGAUCAGGGACAGCGCGAACGCGUACCAAAAGCUCGUCCAGGCCUGAGGGCUUUCUACAGGACCAAGGACAAGACUUGGGCCGGUCGCGUCGCAGACCAGGUCGGAGACCUAGCUGGGACUGCCCUCGGACUCAUCUGAGCUCUGAGAAGCGUUCCCGCGCUCGUUUCAGGCAAUCCGACUUUUGCCUCCAGUGGUUCCGGUGGGAACCGGAAGCAGAUCCCCUUCCGAUGCCCGAGGUCGCUUUUGUAGUAGUGGUGGUCUGCUAUUGUCGAAAAUGAUGGUCUUGUUCGAUGUUCAAUGACUUCAGGAUCUACAUUGCCAGUACCCUCCUUUCGAUGAUCAUAAAUUUCUCCGCAG